AUGAGUGGUGAUGUUAUGGGUGACGUUUGGAAUGGGGUUGAAAUGAGUGAUGAUGUCGUGAGGGAUGUUCGUAGUGGGGUUGAUAUGAGUGAAAUUGUCGUGAAUAAUAUUGAUGAUAAUAUUAAUGAUGAAAUUGAUAUAUAUGGUCAUGAAGAUAUUGAGUUUGGUGUACAAAAUAAUGACGACGAUGAUGUUAAUGAUAAGAUUCUGAAUAAUUUUUAUGACAUUGACGUGGAUUUAAAUUAUGAUUUUGGAUUUCUAAAUUCCUUAUCAAAUUAUUAUUCAACUAUUGAAUUUAAUAACUUAAUUUGUCAUAAAUCUGAUAUUCAUUAUGUAAAUGUUAUACAUUUAAACUGUCGCAGUUUUGCCGCGCAUUUAAAUGAUAUAUCUUUAUUCAUAUAUGGCAUGCGUAUCCUACCAGCAAUUAUAGCCUUGAGUGAAACGUGGUUUACAAACAAUGAAAUUAAUAAUAGUACGCACAUUCAAUUUCCAGAGUAUAUAUUUGUGUGCAACAACAGGAUAAAUAAGAAAGGUGGUGGUACAGGAUUUUUAAUAAACAGAACUAUUAUUUAUUCUAACUUACACAAUAGCAUUUUAUACUCGUCUGAUUUUUUUGAAUGGUCGGGCAUUACAACCAAUAUAAAUGGUAACAAGCAUUACUUCUUAUGCGUUUACAAACCACCUGAUGCCAACAUAAAUGAAUUUAUUUUGUCGCUUUCUGACUUUUUAUUCAACACAUUAAAGCCUGCGUGCAAAUCCAAACUAUAUAUCUUGGGGGAUUUUAAUAUAAAUCUGGCAGUUAACAAUGCUUAUUCACGAAACUUUAUCAAUAGUAUGGCUGGUCUUGGAUUGUUUUUUUUAAUCAACCAACCUACAAGAAUUACUGAUUCAAGCUCUACUGUCAUUGACAAUAUCUUAACUAAUGACAACUGUAGUUUGAUAAAAGGUAUAAUUUGUGAGGAUAUCACUGAUCAUAUGCCUAUUUUUGUAUGCAUUCCGCAUAAAAAUAAUAAAUGUAAUAAUAAAUGUAGUAAACGUCCCUUAAUCCAUACCAGAUUAACUGAUGAAAAGAAUAUCCAAGAGGCCAAUAGUAUGCUGUCUGGCAUAAAGUGGCCUGAACUCCAAGACUCUAUUGUUUUGAAUAUUGAUUAUGAUAAUUUUUUUAGAAUUUAUAUGAACUGUAUAGACGUCGCUUGUCCCAUGAUAAGUCGGAAACUUGAUUUGACGGAAAAAAUAGAAACUGUUAACAGCAUCGAUAAAUUUUUUGUUGAAAUGGGGCAAAGAUUAAUUGAUGGCUCUACAAACGCUGAUUAUGUAUCACCAAGCAGUGCUUGCUAUCCUGCAUUCCAGAUGACUAACAAUAAACUUUUUGACAACUAUUCCAUAAAAAUUGGCGUGAGUGAUAGAGAUAAAGUGAUAGGCAUUGUUUAUAAGGCCCGUGACAAGUUGGAUUGUGGUACUAAACUUAUGCUGUAUUAUUCUUUUAUUUACCCAUACCUUAUUUACGGCAACAUAUUUUGGGGCUCAACAUUUAAGUUUUGGAUUAAUAAGGUGUUUAUUGCACAGAAGUAUUUCGUGCGCAUAUGUUUCGGCCUAAGUAAAUAUGAUCACACCAGUUAUGAAAAAUAA